UUGUCAUAGAAGACGUUGAUUGGCUGGGUUACUUAUCUGUUGCCAUACCUACCGAUGGUGCUACUGGAUUUAUUGGGGGGGGGGUUUAGGGAACGGACGAGAAGCGUUUGGUGCAGAAGUUUUGCGAGCUAGGUUGGGUGGGUCAUUUUCUACCAGAAAAAGCCCUUGCCUUUUUUACUGGCUCAACUCACACUUUCUCAACCCAGUAUGGUUCUGGAAGCAAAACCUGAUGUUGUCCACCACCCAUACUGGCCUCGGAAUUUGGAACUCCAAAAUUACAUCCCAAAUGACCGACCCUCAUGGCAAUUCUUGACAUUCGUAUUCUCUACUUCAGGAAUUCUCUUGCUAUUGACUUGGUUCGUAGCAAGUUGGCGAAGCAAGACGUGGGGCCCUUUUGGAACUUGGCGCACCUUGAUCAUUUCCUGGUUUACCAUCUGUGUUUUUAUUCAUACUGUCAUUGAUGGCUGGUUUGCCCUUUACUAUAUGGAAAUCCCAGGGGAUCAAUCCUUUCUCUCGCAGCUCUUUAAGGAAUAUGGCAAAGGUGACAGCAGAUAUAUGAUAUCAGAUAAUUUUAUAAUUUGCGUGGAAACUGUCACUUUCUGUGUUUUGACUCCCCUCAGUCUUUGGACUGCAGUCGCAUUUCUUUCACGCCAGUCCCAUCGAUACGUGCUGCAGCUAGUGGUGUCAAUAGGUCAACUAUAUGGUGAUGUUCUCUACUUCUACACUGCAUACCGUGAUGGCUUUCGCCAUAGUGAGAAGUGGCACCCUACCUACUUCUGGUUUUACUUUGUCUUUCUGAAUGGUCUGUGGAUUAUCAUUCCCUCUAUUCUCAUAUGGGAUGCCUGGAAGCACCUCAGUGGUUGCCAGAGAGUAAUGGAUGCCAACAAGGUCAAGAAACAUUGAUGUUUUGCACAGGAGGUCAUAUUGGAUGGUACUUCCAGCCCUUCAGAGGUUGAUCUUGUAUUCCUCCUGUUCCUCUGCACCUGUUUAGAUAUUUUCUGUGGUUUCUCUCCAUUUUCAGUUAAUUGAUUGAAUUGAUGGUGGUUAUUCUCUUCUUUAAAUAUUCAUAGCUCUUAAAUUAUGAGCUUAAAAUUAAGACUGCAGUUUUAUCUUAAUGAAGGGGUUUUUUUAAAAUCAGGAAAUUGUAUUUCUAAAUAAAUGUCAUUAGGAUCAAGUGACUCAACUAAUACUAGUCAGUAUUAAACUGAGCCCUGCUGUAGACCAUA